AUGUGCUGUGGCCGGUACAAUUUGGAAGGACUUUAUCUUGCUGAGAACAACUUCACUGGAGCUAUAGCAGUAUCUAUCCCAAACUGUUCAAAGCUGACUUUUAUCUCUCAUGGUUAUAACAAAUUCAGUGGUGGAAUUCCUAUUUCCCUUGGCUGGUUGCAUCUCUCCAGGGAAGACCUCAGUGUCAGGAAAUCCGUUGAAUGGGGUUCUCCCAAUUUCAAUUGGAAUCCCUCUAGUUCUGUUGAAAAGUUUUAUGCAGAAAACUGCGGAAUCAAGGGUAACAUUCCAUGGAGCAUUGGAAGCUUGAGCAAUCAUUUGACUGGCUUCAUCCCUUCUACGAUGAAUGGAUUUCUGGCUCAAUUCCAGAAUGCUUCGAGUUGGGAGAAUCCUGACACGGUUAGACUUGUCAAUGAAUCACUUUCAGGAAACAUUGCUAGUACCAUUGGGAGUUUAGAAUAUUUGAUGUUGCUUUCUUUGGCAACUAACAGCUUGCAAGGGCAAGUGAUGGAUAUUAGAUCUCGAAAAUCAGGUGAAGACUACUGUGCAGAAGAAUUGAAGUGCAUAUCGUCCAUCAUGGAAGUAGCAUUGAAUUGCUCAAUGGAUUCUCCAAAAGAGAGGAGAAAUAUUGAAGAUGCUCUUGCAGCCUAA